UCUAGCGUGAGCGGCACACGAGCUGCAGAGCUGCGAUAAGCAUCAGCCAACCUCGAUAUAAGCCCACACACUGAGCUGGGCGGGUCUUGAAAUCCUUGGGAGCCCCUAACGCCAGCUCAGCAUACAACCUUCAUAUCGCCAUGGAAGCGGAUGCCCUGCUCGAAUACCGAGUUCUAGAUCCUCCUGGAAACGCGAUCAGGAUCCUUCUUUUGCUGCCAGGUGGAUAUACGGACGAUGUUCAACUAGUCAUCACACACGAGAAACUCCAGGAGGAGAAGCGUAUACCUUACGAAUGUCUGUCGUACACCUGGGGCUCUGAACCGCCAACGGAGAAGCUGUACGUCUGGCAAGAGUCAAGUGCCCAUGAUGGAGGACAUGAGCCUCGCUAUCUCUUCGUACGGAAUAACCUCCUCACCGCGCUGAGGUACCUGCGACUUGCCCACAGUCCUCGAAGGAUCUGGGUGGAUGCUAUAUGUAUCAAUCAAGACAACCUACAAGAGAAAGGUCGCGAAGUUGCUCGUAUGGGACUGAUCUACAGAAUGGCAGCACACGUCCUCGUAUGGAUAGGGCCAGAAGACGAGACCACCUCUACUGCGGUGGAAACAAUCGAGAGGUUAAGUCCUGGGGUUAUCUUGUCCUCAGAUCACCGCAAUUGCGAUACGAUCCCUGGAAGCGAGGCUGCAGUUGUCCGAUAUCAUCUUGCAACGUCGACUCUGACAUCCCGACACUGGUUGGCACUGAGUAGCUUGAUACAGAGACCGUGGUUCAGAAGAUUGUGGAUUAGACAAGAGGUCUUACUAGCGUCCAAGGUUCUGCUGAGAUGUGGCAACACAGAGAUCGAUUGGGCAAAGCUAGAGAAGGUCAUCAUAUUUGUCGAACAUAAGGUGUCCAGGGAGCAUAUCAGCGCAUCAGAUAUUCUGUACUGCCGUUCACUCUUCCCUUACGUGGGUUCUGACAGUCUGGUGUACACCCUCCACCGCUCGAGCCUUUGUGGCCAUACCGACCCCCGCGAUCUGAUCUACGCAAACUUGUCAACCUCUACAGCAAUGAAGCAACUUCAAAUCGAACCUGACUACGAUGCCUCCAUCGCUCACGUCUACAAAGAUAUGGUAUGCAAAUAUAUGCAACGCUUCAAAAGUCUUGAGUUGCUCCGCUCCUGUGACCUCCCAAGCCUUGAGGAGGGCUUCAAGUCGUUCGUGCCUUACUUUGGUAAACCCAAAUCCGAAUCAAGACUCUUUGCCGUGUUCGCACAUGCGGGGUCACGACAGUCAUUCAGCAUUGCAGAUAACGAGAACAUCGUCGUCAAGGGUCGCAUCGUAACCACUGUCCAGACUGUGUCCGGAUCUCGAAAACCAUUCCCAAGGCACACGCAUGAUGGUGACAACUUCAUGGAAAUCAUCGAGACCUAUCGCCACUGGGAGCCAAACGAUCUGAUGACUUCGGCAGCAUACCCGUCCGGUGGGUCACUGCUCGAUGCCUUCGUCCUACUCCUUUCAAACGGGUUCUGCAAGGAGACAUAUCAUAUGGACCACUUACCGUCGCUGCAUCAAUCAAGAGAGUCCUUUCUUGCGGCUGUCUGGUCUGGCGGUGAUCGCGAGCUGAGCAAAGACUUCCGGUACAAAGCAUACAUAGACGAGCUUAUGUCCGAUCGAAGAAGCGAGGUAUUCUUCCGGACCACGGAAGGCUACAUAGGCGUGUCGCCCACCAACGUCGAGAGUGGAGACCAUAUCGCCACACUGCCUGGAUUGAGUGUGGCAAUUGCACUUCGACCCGUUGGUGACGCCUCCAACACCUUUCACAUCGUGGGGCCUUGUUUCCUUCAGGGUGUGAUGUUUGGAGAAGGGUUGUUAGGACCACUUCCUGAAGGCUGGUCUUGCGAGAUGCACAGUAGUCGAGAAUGGUGCUUCCGGAAGGACGACAAGACCGCGACUUGGGAAGACCCAAGGCUAUGGCCAUUACCAUCUUCUUGGGCAUCGCAUCUUUGCGACAUGAGCGUUGACCACAGCCCUUGCGAUGAGAACUGCAAAAUGGAGAAGGAUGGCGCGGGUGAGUUGACAGAACGAUGGUUCUACAACGUGGAAACAAAAGAGAAGACACGCGAAGAUCCUCGACUUGAUGUGCAGGGCUUAGAAGCAGGUGGCGUGGCACUACAGUCUUUCACUAUUAUGUGAGUAAAGUCACGAUGCUCGGUUGUAUCGGUACUUUCAAUGUCGUAGAGCAUCUAUUCUUUAUUGUGCAUCCGAGAUACCAUGCUCGUUUUUAUCACAGACUUCCUUUAUCCUAGAGACGAUAUCAUCUCGUCUACUUGAAAACCUUCUUCCGAUGUGAUAACGCGUCGCUUUCGAAGAUCAGAUCAGACUCCUGAAGGUCCUCAUCGCGAGGUCGUUCGUGCGAUAGUGACUCAGCCGCACCGGCUCGAGGU